GCUAAAAUGAACCUCACUCCGUCUCCCGUCACUUCACUCUCUCAACACUUACUAUGCACCUGUGCGAGCUUACAAGUUUUCUAGCAUGCGAUUUGGCUACUGGGAGGAGCUCUAGUCGUCGCUAUACUCCUGCUACAGUGGCUUCCUCUAUUGCACCUACAUUGAUUGCUAAUCGGCUCUGCGCACGUACUGGCACAGACUGUUCUACAGGAUACAUCCGCUGUCGCAACAAGUUCCGCGAGCAUGUUUGUAUGGAGAAAGGAUGCAAGCUGAAUCAGGUUGGCAUCCUGCUGGCCUACGUGCCUGCUGACACAGUGGCAGACUACUUUUCUCCCAAGUCUAUAUCAACUUCAAAGCACAGAACAUUACUAUGUGCAAGCGAAAUUGUUGAUCCUUGCGCAAAUGUGGUGUUCAAAUCAAUCCGGAACCAACGGAUGCUGUGGCACUUGAACGACAAUUGAGACUUCCGAUGCAGGUGCCCUUCCACCCCACGCGACCAUGUACCAUUGCAAACCUACCCUGUUGCGACCAUUGCUUUGCAUUCUCACGGGCCAAGGAGAGCAUACCGCAUGGAUCUCUCUUGAUGCGUUGGCAAAGCAUACCGCUUCAGGUUUCACCGUUGCCAACACCAAUUCAAUGCACACUCACGGAAAGAUUUGGGAGUUUCGCAAGACUACAUGCUGACGAGAUAGUCCAUUCACGGUCCUCGUAUCUUUGAAGAGCACAAUGGUUCCUGUUUCUUGUGGGGUGCUGCGCUAGAAGACGGCUAUCUGCGGCGCCAAGCC